GCGCUCUGGUGAGGCAGAGCUUACAGAAGGGGAGAGAUGCGGCUUCGCUCGGAGCUCCAGCAUCAGUGAAGAUCAGCACCCAGCCGGGGCAUCUCAGAGCAGCAUGGUAGGACUAGAGACCCACUGCUGACACCAGCGUGACUGAUGAUGACAGCCCACGCGUGGGUUACCAUGCGCCACAGCCGCGCCGCUCUAGGAGGAAACACAGCCAUGUGAAAGUGACUCGAACGCCAGCAACUCUUGGACAUGUUUUCCAGGGCAAAGUCUGGAUUUCUUUCUGUGUUUGAACUUGUUUUUUUUCUCUUGGUAUUGAUCGGCUGUCCCGCACUCACCUAUCAGGCAAGGACUAAAGGCAGAUGGAACAAGGGGGGAUCCCGUCUGCGCCAGGAGGAUUCCCCACCCCGGAUUGUGGAGCACCCCUCUGACCUGAUCGUCUCCAAGGGGGAGCCCGCCACCCUCAACUGUAAAGCUGAGGGACGGCCAACCCCGACAGUGGAGUGGUACAAGGAUGCAGAGCGGGUGGAAACAGACAAAGACGACCCACGUUCCCACCGCAUGCUGCUGCCCAGUGGCUCCCUCUUCUUCCUGCGCAUCGUCCACGGACGACGGAGCAAGCCGGAUGAAGGAGCCUACGUCUGUGUGGCCCGGAACUACCUGGGAGAAGCCGUCAGCCGCAACGCCUCUUUGGAAGUAGCAUGUGAGUCACUCUCCUGGGGCGUGCUGUGUCUCAAACAGGGACUAGGUCCAUGA